UUUGUCUAUUUAAAAGUAAAACUCGGGGAUUCCGACCAGUACUCCGACUCUGGUAGCUGAUAGGAACUGCAAUUCGUUUUCCCCCCUCUCUCUCUCUCUAAAAAAAAGGGAAAAAAGUGAGAGAACUUGAUAAACUGUUUCAAACUCUGUUUACAUCUGUGUUAUAUUGAAUCUUAAGGUUUCAUUUGCAAGAGUACAGAAUAAAUCAGGCGUUCUUGAAAUUCUACUUGUAGAAGAUUUUUUUCUGUUUUGCUUUUUUAGUUCCAAAAGAGCCUGAUUCUGCGACAGGGGUGCUUGCGGUUGAGGAGUAAAAAAUUGUUUCUAUUCUUUUCAGAACUUACCAUUGCUCUGGCAUCAUGCUUUCUCUUCAGAAAGUGUUGUUUCACACUUGCUGGCUUUUGUUCUGUGUAUUUGGCCUUGCAAACUCCGCUCAAGAUGCAAGUUCAACCAACUUAGGAUUCAGUAGUCUGAAUUCUAACAGCUCCUCGGAACCAGGAGAAGGUCCACCCUUGGUUCUGAGCGUUGUCUCCAACAUGGGACGUCCACACGUCUUGCUGUUCACACUAGAAGUGAACGUAGAGUUUAAAGCAACGUAUUCAGUGUUUUGCUCGUCUCCCGAGGAUGUGUACAUUGUGCAAGCCAAGUCAGCGAAACCCAGCAUUGCAGAGUUUCUUGGUAACACGAUGUUCAACGUUUCUUGCGAACUAUCGAGGGCAUAUUUCGAGAAUUCUCCAGACGUUGCGGAAAAAAUGAUAAACUCUACUUUGGAAGCAUCCGAAACAGAAAACAAUGAGCCGGUAAAUUUUCCGGAACAAGUGUCCUACAACACAUCAACUUCUGUAGCAACUAUAACCGGUACUGCGAUCUUCAAGCUCAAAACCAACAACAUUGGACGGACGUUCGUUAUGUUUUUCGCCUUCAGAAAAGAUGGGCCGAUAUUCCAGAAUUCGACAAGGUCACCCAAAAAGAUGGAAGCUCAGAACACUGGGAACGUAGCCAGCCCUUCUCUUCCACCCAACGUGGUGGGCAAGGGUGUAAUCAUUGUCAUGCAGUUGCCCAGAGCCAUUGACAAGAUAUUUCGUACUUUGCUGUACAUUGUCAUCGUAACCGCGACAAUUGGGAUGGGGAUGAAUGUGGAGAUAGACAUUGUGAAGACUGUCAUGAAAAAACCGGUGGCUCCCAUUAUAGGAAUGUUCUGCCAAUACAUCUGCAUGCCUUUGUGUCCCCGAAUCACAGCUGUGGUUGUAAAGAUCCUAAAGCCAGCUCUGUUCAUUGUCGUGGCCUUCGUCCUGUCUGUGGGGAUCUACGCCAACAUGCACAUCUUCAAGAUGAUCAAGCCCAUGGUAGUGAUCGCUGCCUGCGCCCUUCCUUACGUGGGAUUUCUUUUGGGGGCAGUUUCUGCUCUCAUCUUUCGUCAGUCAUGGGCGCGAGUCAAGACAAUCGCUAUUGAAACUGGAAUACAGAACAUGGCCAUAGCCUUCAUCAUGCUGUACCUGGCCAUCCCGCCCCCGGACAAUCAGUUGGCUUCUGUAGCCCCCGCCGCCUCCUCCAUCAUGACCCAGAUACCGCCUCUCAUCACCGUCAUCAUCUACACCAUCUACAACCGGUACAAGAACAAGAACAAGCCUCCGUCAGACGGUGACGACAAGGCAGACGACGACUGCACCAUCUGCGAGAAUGGGGUGGAGAAAAAUGACGUCAAAUCGGAGAUAAAUGGCGUCAAAUCGGAGAAAAAUGGCGUCAUGAAGGUUAAGGACAACGACAAGGCCAAAGAAGAGGGUAAGGGUAGUAGUAGUAGUAUGGCCCAGACGUUUUUGGAGAAGCUUAUGGGGAGAGAACAUGUAAAAUCGCCUGCCGAUGAGGCUCUGAACCAAGAGAUUGUCGUGAAAACUCCUGAGGAAGAAAAACUCAUGAAAAAAAAUGUUGAUAGCAGCAGCGUUUGAGACGACGCAGUCUGUAUUGUUUUGUUUUUCAAUAAAUACUGUAUUAUUAUGAU